AUGGUGCGUCUCUACAACCUGCACCCGUUUGGGUCGCAGCAGGUGGUCCCCUGCCAGUGGGAGCCCGAGCAGUUCUGCUGCGGCGGGUGCGACGCACUGUUCGUGGCUUCGGGCUGCAAGGUGGAGGCGUUCGCCGUCCAGGGCGCAGAGCUGUGCCGGCAUCGCUGCGCCUUCUCCACUCUGGGCAGGGUGCUGCGCAUGGCCUACAGCGAAGCCGGAGACUAUUUGGUAGCAAUUGAAGAGAAAAACAAAGCUGUAUUCCUGCGCACUUACGUGAAUUGGAGGAGCAAGAGGACUGAAAACUCCCGUGUGUGCAUUCGAAUGGUUGGGCACAAUGUGGAGGCAUCUCUCUGUGAAAGCCUUAGAGACCAGAUGUCUAUAAUUGAAAUGCCAAUGUCUGAGGCGCCUUUGUGCAUUUCAUGUUGUCCUGUGAAAGGAGAUCUACUUGUUGGAUGUACAAAUAAGUUAGUCUUGUUUACUUUGAAGUAUGUGGUCAUUAAUGAGUUCUCAGUGUUGGACUUUGAAUAUUCAUUAAUUAUACACAUAGAUAAUAUCACUCCUGUUGAGAUUUCUUUUUGUGUUGGGUAUGUUGCUGUCAUGUCGGACUUAGAAGUCUUAAUUCUAAAACUGGAGUCAGACCCUAUAAAUGAAGAGAGAGUUAACCACCACCCACAAGAAACCAGCAACCCAUCCAAACAGACAGAAGACCUCAGUAAUGAAACUUCACAGCUUGAGUCAGAGGAUUUUGUUAUCUGCCUAAAACCCAUGGAACUUCUUGGUGAAAAGUCUGAACAGUCUGGAAUAUCUGUUAAACUGGAGUCCACAGGAUUAGCAGAUGAGAACGUAAAAUAUUCGCAUGUUCAGCAUCUCCUUUAUAGACGCUUUGCUCCAGAUAUCUCAUUCUGUGUCUUGUCUGAUAACAUCAGGUUGCAUUCCCUUCAGCUGCUACCCAUUCACCAAACAGGUUUUCAUCCUGAUGGGAACAGUGUGUCUCAGGAAAAAGAGCUGCUAAGCCUCUUCUGCUUCUUCUCGUUACCUCACGCGGGCUAUCUGUACAUGAUUGUGAAAUCUGUUGAGUUAAUGUCAGUCUACUGGUAUCCUGAGAAGUCUCAGCAAGCGGUGCUCACACCACAGUUUUUGCAUGUCAUCACAAGCCAAAGCCUGCAGUGCUUCACAGUACGAUGCAGUGCAGCGGUGGCUCGGGAGGACCUGUUCACGGACACUACACUGAAGGCUUGCCCACCUGUCAGUAUGGAUGUGUGUGCUCUAAGGAUACAACUUUUCAUAGGCUUGAAAGCCAUCUGCCAUUUUAACAACCACAUCAUACUUCUGACCAAGGCAGACUCUGAGGCCAUUCCAGAGAGAAGAGAGUCACCCAAGAGGCUUCUUUCUAGGAGAGAUGCCAGUGUUAGGAACAAAGCCCCUCACGCGGCUGAAGCCGGAUGGAAUCUGUAUAUUGUGAAUACCACCGCACCAGUUCAGCUAUACAAAGAAAUGGUAGACUACAGUAACAGCUAUAAGACUGUGAAAACCCAGAGCUGCAUCCACUUGCUCAGCGAGGCUCAUCUGUUAGUGAGAGCAGCCCUGAUGGACGGCAGUCAGCUGGAGCCUGCAGAGAAAGCAGAGCUCUUAGAAGCUUUUAAGGAAAGCUGUGGGCACCUUGGAGACUGUUACAGCCGGCUUGACACUGAGCAAUCCCACCUCGCCUUGCCAUAUUAUAAGAUGUCUGGUUUGUCUCUGGCUGAAGUUUUGGCCCGUGUGGACUGGACAAGAGAGAAUGAAUCACAGAAAUAUGAGAGAGGAUUAAUAUUUUAUAUUAAUCACUCACUUUAUGAAAACCUGGAUGAAGAAUUAAGUGAAGAAUUAGCAGCAAGAGUGGCUCAGAUAUUUCAUGUGGCCGAGCCGAAGCAACUGCCUCAUGUUCUCACGAGCCCUUCUAUGAAGAAUAUUGAUCCUUCAACUGCCUUGCGUUAUUUAAGGAAGCUGGAUACUUGUGGAUUUUCAAACCCUGUUUUAGUGGCAUUGACUAAGGCAGCAGUGGCCUUGAAAAUGGGAGAUCUUGACACGUACAGAAGUGAAAUGAAAAGCCAUUCAGAGAUGAAGCUGGUGAGUGGCUUCAUUCUGGAACCUCGGCUGCUAAUUCAACAGUGGAAGGGACAGAUUGUUCCUACCGAAUUUGCAAGUCACUUGAAGGAAACUCAGCCUGGAUUGCUUGUGGCUUCAGUGCUGGGCUUACAGCAGAAUAGUAAAAUUGGAAUUGAAGAAGCAGAUUCUUUCUUUAAGGUACUGUGUGGAAAGGAAGAAGACACAAUUCCUCAGCUUUUGGUAGACUUCUGGGAAGCUCAGCUUGUAGCUUGUGUCUCAAACAUGGUAUUUCAGGAACUCUUCUUCAAGCUCACAGCUCAGUAUAUCUGGAGGUUAUCUAAGAAGCAGUGUCCUGACACCAUUCCAUUGAGAUCGGCAGAGGACUUGAUAAAUGCCUGCAGUCAUUAUGGCUUAAUCUAUCCAUGGGUACAUGUCUUAAUAACGUCUGGUUCCUUAGCUGAUAAAAAUUACACAGAAGACCUUUUAAAAUUACAGUCUCUCAUGUGUAGCCCUUCACUUGACAUAGCUUCCAUUAUGCCACUUCUGGAGCCACUCUCAGAAGACACUGUUGCUGGCCUCAGUGUUCAUGUUCUGUGUCGUACACGCUUGCAAGAGUAUGAGGAGUGCAUAGACACAUUGCUAGAGAGAUGCCCAGAGGCAGUCAUUGCAUAUGCUAAUCAGGAACUGAAAGAAGACCACUGGAUUCUGUGGUGGAAAAAACUGCUGCCUGAACUUUGUCAGAAAGUCAAGUGUGGUGGAGAGAAACACCAACUUUACCUGUCACUGUUAAAAGAAACCCUGUCAGUUGUGGCUGUGGGACUGGACCUGAGGGAUUUCUUGAAUGUUCUCCCAGAAGACGGAGCUGCAGCAUUUUUCCUGCCCUACCUUCUUUUCUGCAGCCAGAAGAAAUCACUGACUUGAAGGUAUCCUUUCUACAGUGGCAUGAGUGACUGCACUUUGAAUGCUCGGUCCCAGAUAAAAUGAACCCCAGGGGUUUUGUGUUAAUGUUUAUUACAGCUGCUCUAAAGGUGCUUACCUUACCAUGUAAUGGUAGCUGUUAGCUUAAUCUACAACCUGAACCCAUUUACUUGUCCAGAGUGUAAGAAAACUUCAAGAUGUAAGAUGUCUUCUCGUGUACUUCCUGUUGUUGUUGUUUGUUGUUUACUCUUUAUCCUUUGUGGGCCUGGAUCUCAGUAGGAACCUUGCGAUGACCUCAAUCUAUGCAAUCCUCUCAAGCAUUACAGUGUUAAGUACCAUGAAUGUAUUUUCAAAGUAUUCAAAUGUAUUUUCAAAGACACAGCCUUCUGUUGUGAGAAAGGGCAUGGACUCAAUGUUGGAGGCGUGACAGUCCUGUCCACCCAGGAGCCACUGGAAAGAAAUACAUUGCAAGUAUGUUCACAUGCCCCACUUGCUGGUCAAGCAAUAUCCUGAUUAUUAUAGAUUUUUUCUACUGGUUACUAGUUUAUAUUUUUACAUAAGUAUGAGAAAGAUGUAAUGUUUCAUCCCAGUGAAAGAGUGCAUAUUUGCCUUUUGAGCUGCUUUUGAACCUCAUGGUGUGCUUCUCUCAGAAGUAAAUGAAUGGACUCUUGUCUGGCUGUUAGCAUGACUUGUUGAGUUCACAUAUUUUCAUCCAAAGACUUGUUUCUAGUUUUCAUAUCUGUAUAUUCUUAUCCAUAUCUGUAUACUCAACCCGCAGUAUAUGAGAAAAUAAAAACUAUCAUGAUGUUCA